CAUCGCUUUUCUGAAUGGCUCCACAAAUUUGCAGGCCAGUCACACACACACUUCCACAGAGGCAGGCAGGGGAUCCCGAUCCGUCACAGUGAUGACAUCAUCUCGGUAAUAAACAAGAGCCAAACAAGGGAGUCCCCCGCUUCCUCUGCCGCUUUCAUUGGUUAGCGGGGGAGAAGGCGUCGCCAUGGAAACCUUGAAGAGUGGCGGGGUGUUCAUUCCAAACUCACACACGCAGCGGCCACUUGUAACUCGGAGGGCUUUUCCUUCUUUGGAUUUUCUUGAACUUGACUGGUGUCAACGAGGCAGCAGACAUGAAAGAGAAGAACCCGUGGUACAAGUCUUGGACGGUGGUGAUUGUCGGCAGCGCGUUGAUUGCCAUUAUCGCCCUGGUGGUGGUCACGGUGGUCCAGAACAUGCCGCUGCAGCAAAAGUACAAGUACGGCGUUGUUCUGGACGCCGGCUCGUCGCACACGACCGUCUUCGUCUACGCGUGGCCCGCCGAGAAGGAUAACGACACAGGCCGGGCCGAGCAGAAACACUCCUGCACUGUCAAAGGGCCAGGUAUCUCCAGCUACGCGGCGAUGCCGUGGAAGGCCGGUCAGGUAUUGAGGGAGUGCAUGCUAGAGGUCGAGAAGAACAUUCCCAAGAAACGACAUGCCCAGACGCCCGUCUACUUGGGAGCCACUGCCGGGAUGAGAUUACUCAAUAUGAGGAAUAGCUCGGCAUCCGAGGAGGUGUUCCGGGCCGUGUCAGAGACCCUGCAAACCUUCCCGUUCUCCUACCAGGGCGCCAGGCUCCUCAGCGGCCAGGAGGAGGGCGCCUUCGGAUGGGUCACCGUCAACUACUUGGACGACCGGCUCAAACAGGGCCUGAAGACCACGGGGGCCCUGGACCUCGGCGGGGCGUCCACCCAGAUCAGCUUUGUUUCCAAAACGUUCGACGGCACAGAGUCGCCCGGCAACUCGGUGACCUUCCGGCUGUACGGAAACGAUUACAACCUUUACACGCACAGCUUCCUGUGUUACGGGAAGGAUCAGGCCCUCAGGAUGGCGCUGGCGCACCAAACUCAGUCAGGUCCCCCAAGAAUAAAGGACCCGUGCUUCCACCCCGGCUACGCGGAAAUGAAGGAUUACUCGACGCUCUACGACAGUCCAUGCGUGUCGGACAGGAAGCCCCAGGGAGCCCCCGCGUCUUUCCACCACUCGGGUCUAGGAAACUUCCAACAAUGCCAGGACGUAGUCCGGACCCUCUUUAACUUCAGCCAAUGCAAAUAUAGCCACUGCUCCUUCAACGGGGUCUACCAGCCAACCGUGGAGGGGCUCUUCGGGGCAUUCUCAGCUUACUACUACACUAUGAACUUCUUCAACCUCACCACCACGUCCUUCCCUCUGGACACGGUCAAGGAAACGAUCGCACGCUUCUGCGCUACACCCUGGCAGGAGGUGAAGCAGCAGAAUCCAGGCACCAAGUUGAAAUAUUUGGUGGGCUACUGCUUUGCCGGCACCUACCUCAUCACACUGCUGACGGACGCUUACAACUUCACCUCAGAGAGCUACUCCAACAUCACAUUCAUACACAAGAUCAAAGGAAGCGACGCAGGCUGGACUCUGGGCUACAUGCUCAACCUGACCAACAUGAUCCCGGCCGAGUCUCCCGCCGCACCGCCGCUGCCUUACGCCGGCUACGUGGCCAUCGUCACCAUCAUCGUCGUCUUGCUGGUGGUCCUGCUGGUGCUCAUCGUGCGCGGCUUCGGGCUGAGCUGCUCUAAGCGGCCGCGCGUCGUAUAGAUGCGGGCGGCCAGCAUUUUGAAAGACUCCUGUCAGCCUGCACAUGAACUGUCACGUGAAUACAAGACUGUAUAAAUGAAAUAGCCCACACUUAUAUGGUUUCUAGAACACCUUUUAAUAAGUCUUUUUUUUUUGAUACAGCCAUGUAAUGUACAAAAUAUACAAAAAUGUAUGUGGCUUUGUCUCGAGCAGGUUUGGUGAAUUGUGCGAUUCUCGUGUUGAAAAAGAAAAACUGAUUUUACUAUAAGGCUUGGGAAGUACAUUGAGUGUAAAGCAGGCAAAUGCUGCCCUCUUGUGUUCUUAUCUAUAUUGCACCUGUGCCUUUACAAAGACAGUAAGAGUUUUGUAUGAACGUAACAAUGCUUCUUGCUACCUCUUGGGGAAACUACACUCUAAAAACUGACUUCAAUUAUUCAAAUUAUUAGUCACACUUUUUUUUUAAAGUGUUGAGUUUUCACCUUUUUUAAGUCAAGUCAACCUAUUUAGGUUUUACAGUGUUGCAAGACAGAUCUUUUUUGGCCAUCUUUUCAGUAACAAAUCUGUCAUCUUGUAUAGCAAACCUUGACGGAGGUCUGUUGUCACCCAAGCACCUAUUUGGUCAUUAUUUCUUAUUUUUUAGGCUACAACGUGCAGGUAGGUGUUUUCAAAUCCGAAGUCGUGGCACGACGCUCAUCCUCUCCCAGCUCCACUUUGACAGGAAGUGGAAACUUAGCCACCCUUCCUUGGCAUUCACGCCCCAGCUCUUAUCUGUGGGGAAUGUUCU